AUGUUCGCCUCCUCAUCCUCACUCAGACUAUACGCGCUCGCCACUUCGGCUGCUCUUGCUCGCGCGUCGGCUCUAGGUCCGCGCUCGUACGCCGGGGACGCUGUUGACGCCAACGAGCUGCAUGCGUAUGACGGGGUCGAGCUUGUACAUGUGCGCCGACAGGUGCCGGACGCGGAUACCAUCCACUUCAACGUCCUGCACCACCUCUCCGGCAUCGCACCCUACUUCGACUCCCCUGGCGUCGGACUGCAACCGCAGGUCCCGGCAGGAUGCAGCGUCGAGGGCGCGAGCUAUCUAUUGCGGCACGGCGACAUCUACGCGAACGACUUCGACUACGAGUCCUACCUCGGCCCCUUCGGCUCGAAGGUCGCGAACUACACGUCCAAGUCUGACUUCGCCAACUUCGCGCCGUUGUCGUUCCUGCAGAGCUGGAGCUCGCCCAUCACGAACGAGACGGAGCAGGUCGAGAAGCUGACGCCGACGGGCGCCGCGGACGCUCAGGCGCUUGGGAAGCUGUUUGCUAAGCGCUACGCCUCGCUGCUUGCGUCCACGUCUGAGGGCGAGAACGUGACGCUCUGGGCCGCCUCGAGCGAUCGCUCCACGCAGACCGCGCAGAACUUCAUUCAGGGUCUCGGGUCCAACACCUCGGCUUCGCUCGCGCUGCAGAUUAUCCAGGAGGAGGAGGAUCAGGGCGCCGACACGCUUACGCCGCACGAGUCGUGCGACACGUACGAGGGCAGCUCUGGCUCCGAGCAGAGCGCCGCGUGGAGGAAGGUGUUUACUGCCGCCCCGAUCGCACGCUUCAAUGCUGCUGUGCCGGGAUUCAACUUCACGGAGACGGACAUCGUCGCGAUGAUGGAAUUCUGCGGGUACGAGAUGGUGAUCAAUAACAGCAGCAACUUCUGCUCGUUCGACAUCUUCACGCCGGAGGAGUGGUUGGGCUUUGAGUACAUGAAUGACAUCAUGUACAACUAUAACAUCGGCUACGGCUUCACUGCUUCGCCGUCGCUUGGCACACCCUGGCUCUCAGCGACCGCCGCUGCGCUCGGCCUUGGCAACGCGACGCUCAACGCGACCACCGAGUCUCAGAAGAUCUACCUCUCCUUCUCGCACCGCGAAGAGCCCGCCUUCAUCGCCUCCGCCCUCGGCCUCUUCAAUGACUCUGGCGUAACCGGCGCACCCAUCAACGAGUCCCUCCCCACAGACCGCAUCAACUACGACCGCGCAUGGCGCACCUCGCGCCUCCUCCCUUUCCUCGGCCACGUUGGCCUUGAGCGUAUAACCUGCACCAACGCAACGGGCGCGCAAGAGGGCACAUACGUCCGCGCGAUCGUCAACGGCGCGCCGAUGCCGCUGCCGAGCCCGUGCAACCAGGACGGACCGGGCGAGAGCUGUGCGGGCGCGGACUUCCAGACGUUCGUGCAGACGCGCGCGGAGAUGUAUGAUUUCGCGACGGACUGCGCGAACACGGAGGGCGAGGACGCGAUCUCGUUCUUUGCGAACAUCACGACUGCUAUGACUGCUUGA